UCUCGAGGCUAAACCUUACCAAGAUAGUUGUGUCUCUAGCUAGUGACAGUGAGUGGACAUGGCUAUACGUUGGGGGAUAUGUUCAGCAGGGAAGAUUUCCCAUGACUUCGUUGUUGGUCUUAAGUCUUUACCAGAUUCUGAGCAUCAGGUAGUGGCUGUGGCUGCAAGCAGAUCACUGGAGCCAGCUACCAAGUUUGCAGAGACACAUUCCAUCCCCAGAGCCUAUGGAUCCUACCAGGAACUGUCCAGAGAUUUAGAGGUGGACGUUGUGUAUGUUGGCAACCUCCAUGGCCAGCACAAAACUGCUGUAUUGAUGAUGAUUGCCUCUGGGAAGCAUGUGCUCUGUGAGAAGCCCAUGACUAUGUAUGCAAAAGACACAGCGGAGCUGAUAGCAGCAGCAAGAGAAAAGAACGUGUUUUUGAUGGAGGCUGUGUGGACACGAUUUUUCCCGGCUAUAGUGGAGCUACGCAAAAGGAUAGCUGCCGGUGAAGUUGGGGAUGUUAAGUUCGUCAAUGCCCAUUUUGGUUUUCGCGUACCAAAGCGAUCAGACAGGCUAACAGAGCCAGGUCUUGGAGGUGGGUCGUUGCUGGAUGUUGGUGUCUACCCUAUUCAGUUUGCGACUAUGGUGUUUGGAGAGAGGCCUGAAAGCAUCCAUACUACUGGCUGGUUGAUGGAUACUGGGGUGGACGAGACAGCCUUUCUUACACUCAAAUACUCUGGAGAGAGAGUGGCACAUUUGGCGUGUUCCACCAAUCUUCGAUUGAAGAAUGAGGCUGUAGUGGUGGGGACAAAGGGGAUCCUCAAACUUCCAUCCCCUUUCUGGUGCCCUACCAAACUAGAGACAACCUCUGAGGUUCUUGAUUUCCCACUACCUGAACCCUACCUCCCCACAAACUUUCAAAACAGUGUGGGCUUGCGCUAUGAGGCAAGUGCUGUGAGGGAGUGCAUACUGGCCGGCAAAACGGAAAGUGAGGUUGCCCCAUUGGAUCAAACGCAGAUUGUUGCAGACAUUGUGGAGUCGGGUCUACAAACGCUAGGCGUUAAGUACUAAAUAUCGUUGCUAUAAACCUUAAUUUUGUGAACGAUUUUGAACUAUAAAUUAUAUAAUAGUACUGUUAAUGACGUGCGUUGUGAUGGAUUGACAUACGACUCUCUCUCACUCGUUUUUACCAUGCUUUGUGGUGAUUUACCUGGCCAAUCAAUUCUAGCAACUUUUA